UUGCUGUAUGGGUAUAAGGAUCCAAAAUAAUUAUGGCUCAGAUGCACCCAACAGACUUUCUAGUUCCAUGUUCAAAGGAAAUUCUUCUACGGUUUGGGAAAAGUGACAGCCAGAGGAAGGAAGACAAUACAGAACUGCAAAGCCUUGUUAUGGUCAAGAUAAAUGGCUUAUUACUAAAAAAUGCACAAAAUAUUCAGUACUGCACAUUGUUAAAAAUUUGCAUCAUGCCAAAUAACUACAUUAAAAAAAUGGAUCCCUUGAUGUUUUGUCCUCAUUUAGUAAAAAUAGAUCUACAUGGUAAUCAGGUAUCACAGCUGCCAGAAAGUUUCUUUUGGGAAAACAUGAAGAGCCUUCAGAUUCUUAUUCUCCAUGAUAAUGCUAUAGGAAAAGAGCAGAACACCGAGUGCCUGUCAAAGUGCCCGAGGCUUAUUGCAUUGACGCUGUUUGACAAUCCUGUCAGUUUGAGAAAGAAUUACAGACACUCCAUUGUGAACACAAUAUGGUCCCUUAAAGCACUAGACAACUAUGUCAUAUCAGAUGAAGAGAUUAUUGAGGACUGGACUCUUCCACAGAAGUUCAAAGCUCAGAAUAAAAAAAUAUUUAUAGAUUUGUGUCCUGCAUCUGCUACGGAAUCAUUUUCAGAAGAAAUGAAGUUAAUUAAAGAAGUCACAUCAAAGAUAAACUACAUUCUAGCCUUUUACUCCCCAGUAAUAAUCAUUCAGCGCUGGAUUCGUGGCUAUCUAACAAGAAAGAGACUUAAAGUUUUGCAGAGAUAUGCAUUUCAUACCUCCAACAAAGAACUCCCUAAGAAGGAACAAGGACAUGAAAAAAGAAAUUGCAAAAGUAAAACCCCUGGGCCUCACAAGCAGAAUGCAGAGAGUGAGAUCUACCAGUUGCCAUCUGGAACCAAAAGAAUAAUCCUUAAUGUCGACCUGAAAAAGCUUCUAUCAGAGGCCCCACAGGCCCUGCAAGAUACUAAGAAAUCCUUUAAGAUUCAAGGGAAAAAUAAAAGUUUGCCUAUGCCAUUCUUCUCUCCUGAGCAUAAUAAAAUCAUGAAAGCUGCCCCUAAGAGACAUAAAGACAUUCUUCCACCAUUAAGAAAAGGCAUUGCUGACAUGAGAGAUCAGGGUGAAGACAAAGUGGGAUUCAGGCUGUCCGGCUUUAAGACAAUUCUCCAUGAUGCUAACCCAGUCAAUGAUCUGAGGAUAUCUCGGCAUGAAAAUGGGAAGACUGUCAGAGAAGCCAUUGAUCAGCUCCAUUUCCUCAGCCAGGAUGCAGUGAAAUCAAAAACAUUUUACCAGCCACCAGUCAGUAUGGAGAAAAGGCUAAUUGCUAAAAUGUACGGCUCCAUAAGCCUUGCUCCCUUUCAAGUGAUUGAAAAAGCAUACAAAGACCGGGAAAAAGCUGAAAGUCAGACCAUCAAGUCCAACUGGGUCAGUGACAUUCGCGCCAACAGAAGUGACAUACAGAGUAAUAUUCAAGGUUACACCGAGGCCAAAAAGAAUGUUUGUCUCCAAAUGCGACAGCAGGAUGAACUCCACUUGCAAAAUGCAAUGCAGCUCCAGGAGGAAAGUAACAGGAAGAUGGCAGAGCUUGUGCAAGAGAGAUAUACUAGGUUUUUGGAGAAUAAGAAGCGGAAAACUGCUGAGCAAGAUCAAGUGAAGAACUUUAGCAAGCAUCAUUUAUCUCUGAGCAAGGCCCUGCUGAAGCAUGACACCAAAUCGAGACAAGGCCUUCUACAUCAAAAAAAGACACAUUUAGUGUUGGCCCUCAAGCAGGAGGAGGAGGAGCAAAAGGAGCAGUUCAAGAAAUACAUGAAGUACAGGCAGUUGGCCCUUCAAGCUGCAACCGUUUCUGAAAGAAAAAUGGUGGACCAGCUUAUCAAAACUAACGAGGACAUUCACCUUACCCAGGCCAAAAUGAGAGUUAGAGCCUUAAAAGCAAACCAAGUGACAAUUCACGUCAUGGAGCCUGUAUUGGUGGAUCAGUGUCCAUUACUUAAGCAUUAACUCAACUUCAAGGAGACAGUUCCACGAUUUGGUCUGGGUACAGGAGGGCAAUUCAAGGUGGAAAAUUUGUUGAUUGUCUCACUGAUACUUAAGAUGACAAGCCCUUUGUAUUUCAUCUGUAUUUUCUCCUCCAUCCCUAUCAUCUUGACUGUAGCUCUUUCGUGAGUGUCGGGGCAAGGCCAGCUGGGUAGUUCAUUCCUGAGUAAUGGUCAGAAGAUCACUGUAAGG